UACUCCUAGGGAGAGUCACACAAGUUUGGAACUCUUGUAUGACCACAUUGGACUGAAAUAAGGCUUUUAUUUUGGAUCAUAUGGCUACUAAUGUCACCGUACACAACGCUACUUGCUUCUCACAAGCAUUGACAGAAGAUUUCUGGGAUGGGGUGAAACUAUCAUUUACUGUGUCCAUUGUGAUUGGAUUGGUCAUUGGAGGUAUAAUAUGGACUCUUGUUACAUGCUUGUCUCGUCGUCGAGCCAGUGCAUCAAUCUCGCCUAGAAUGCCAAAAUCUUCUAGUCGAAGGCCUAGGUCAUCUUCCCAUAACCAUGCCUUAAAUAGGUCUGGGUUUUAUCGAAAUAGUAGCUGUGAAAGACGGAGUAACCUCAGCCUGGCCAGUCUGACCUUUCAAAGACAAACAUCUCAAGAGCAAACAGACCCAUUUACUAGAAAGCCAAGCUUUAGAGCCUCAACCUUUCAUCCAUUCAUGCAGUGCCCACCACUAGCUGUUGAAGCUGAUAGCCAACUUGUUACUCUACCUCGUUCCAACAAUACUUCUCCAACAGCGAACAACACAGUAAAUCUUAGCCGUCCUGAUUUUCAUUGGUCAAACAAUAGCCUCAGACUUGGACCUUCAACUCAAACUCCACCACCUGCAUAUGACAGCAUAAUAAAGGCUUUUCCAGACUCUUGAAAUGUACAUGGAAAUAUUAAAUGUAUAAUGCUUUCAGUAUCAGAUGCAGUGUAUCAUGAUAUUUUGUGUACAGCACUAUAGUGCAAUAUGCAAAGCCUUACAAAUUAUUUUGUUUCCCUUUCAUGGAUGAAGGAAAUUGAAGUGGAUGAUGAUUUGUCGAUAUUAAACUGAUGAUAUGAAGUGGAGACGUUUAGAAUAAAGAUGCUGGAUAAUAUUUUAAUACGUCCAUCCAAAUAUUACUGGACUACAAUUCUGAACAUAUAAUGAAUAAGGAUCAAAGCAAUAUAAGCCUCACUGGAGCUGUAGUUAUACAACCAUAGAUGGAUAGCACCAAAAGAUGUAUUCUCAAGGCAACACGGCAAGAUCUUUUGGCAAGUCUUCAAAGUCCAGUGGCACAACUGAUGCAAAUUGUCCCAAUCCUGCCAGGUCUACAUACACUUGACUUUCAUUUUUAUUUAACCCUAUAAUAAUCGAAAGCACAAUAUUUUUUUAGCACUUAGCACCUAAACAGAAGUCUAUUUGCUGACUACAGCGUCAUACUGGCAAACAAAGAUUUAAUGGUAAUCUCAGUAUGUUAGAUAACAAUGAGUAGGGAUGAUUUUUAUUUAACAAACCUCUUGCCUCUGUAAUUAUGUUUGAGAUUUUGUUUGAGUCUACUUUACUCAGAGCCAGUUUUAGCUAAGGUCUAUGUUCCCUUUUAUAAUGUAUACAUUAUAGUUGCAGUAUAUCCAGAAUUCAGUUGAGACAUUUUUUUCCCAACUCCUAUCUUUUUUUUAGGUAGGGUUACAGUUCAGUUUAGUAUUUGAACAAAUAUCUUGUGGAAGAGUCAGUAUUGGCUGAAUAGAUUAUGGCUUUUCUGCAUCCCUGAUAUUAACCAUUCUUUUAAAGCCCAAAUUACUGUUGAACCAGGCUGCUAAAAUUGCUUUUUAUUUGUAAUAUUGGCAGUUUGGUGAAUUCAGGAGGCUUCCUGAAUUCCUGAAUUAAUAGAAUUAACAUGAUGAUGCAUUACAAAAAAAGUCUGCAGAGUCUUUGGCUUGGAGGAUCACAUCCGGCCCCUGAGCAUUCAGUUUGACUGCACUGUUUGACAGCAUUAAAAAAAGCCAAGUAAUGUAGACUGUCUGGUUAACAUUAGCUUAUAAUACUUGUUAAAAUAUUUUCAUUACAGCUCUUUCAGGUCUCCACUAAGCAUGGCCUGCAUUUCAUUAAUUUGGUGAUUCAACCUUGAAUAAUUCUGGAGUAGCAAUGAAGAAGUACAAUUCAUGAUAUAUACAAAUCUUUGUAUUUUAAUGUAUCCCCCUGUGUUAUAUAUUAAAAAAGUAAAAACUAAAAGAACAUGAUAUAUGAAAGCUGUCAUGUGCAAUAAGUAAUGUCAUAUUUCCCUUGAAGGGGAGUAUCUACAAAAAAAUAAUUUAGUCUAUUCUGUAUGACUCACCCUACAUUGUGCCUGCUUCAUAAAAUUGAGAUAUCACAAGCAAUAAUAUCCCCUCAUCAAAAAACAACUGAAAUAAUGAUUUAGCUUUUGUAAUCUUGGGAUAGACUAAAUUCAUAUGUUAAAGUUUUCACUACAUUGGAACAUUUAUUUCAUAAUGAGCUAUGUUGGUAUUUGGUAUCAUUUAUGCAGCAUAUUAUUUGAUAUAUUUGUAAAUAUGACGUUUCGUAUUGUAAUUAUACUGGUUUUUUUUUAAUAUUUGUAAUAAAAGUUUUAAAAAA